GCGCGCUUUAGGUAGCGCGCACGAGUCUCUCUCCCGAGUCUCCUCAGUGCGCGAGGAAAGCACGGCAUCUCAUCAGCCUCUCCUGCAUAACGGACCCAUACACGCAGGUGAAGCUGUGUUCGAAGAUGGCAGCUCCUGGCCGAUGUCUCCUUUUCACCCUGUUCCUCAUCACGCUCUCCCACACCUCGCACAGUUCUGAGGUCCUAUCUGAAAAUGCCAAAUGGAGUCAGAUGGGGUCUUCCCCCAAAAGCACAGAUUCUAUACGAGACCCUGAAACGGGGCUAACAUUCGGCAGCCACAGAAGGAGACAUGGGUCUCGUGAGGGCCGGGACAGUGCUGGGCCGCUCUCUCGGAGGCCUGUGGCGCAGUCGGAAGAUGAUGGGCCGAGUCUUGAGGGUCUGAGCCCUGUCAGGCUGGAGAUGGGGCCUGGUAGCCGGAUGAAGGCGGGCGGUCAUGAUGAGGGCAGGGGUCCCUCUCAUAUGCGGAGGGGAAGUCCUCCACCAGAAGGGGAGUUCACACGGAAAGGCAGGAGACAAGGACAUCUCACUGAACACAGAAAGCAUGGAGGCAGGAGAGACAAAGGGCGACCUAAAGGGGGUUUCUUUGACCCUGAGCCACAAUUAGACUCCUUGUUGAAGGACAUGAAUGCAUUUCAGGAUGGGCCCGACACGUCCCUGCCCAAUCACGACAAUGCCCCACCCACCGAAUCUCUCUUCCCCGUGUCCCCCAUCCUGGUAACCACGGCAAUACACGAGCAUCCCCCAACGCCGCCUCCGGCCUCCACCAAACCCCAGAAGGCAGGUCGAGGGAAGGCUCAGGGCGAGGUGAUGCCCACUCUGGACAUGACACUCUUUGAUUGGACAGAUUACGAGGAUAUGAAACCUGUGGACACGUGGCCAUCCAACAGAAAGAAAGAUAAACGGCGCAGCAAAAACAAGAGCAGUGGGAACACAACACUUGAAGCUGAUGUCAUCGAACCAUGUGACCAUCAUCUUGAUUGCCUCCCUGGAUCCUGCUGUGACCUGAGAGAACAUGAAUGUAAACCUCACAACCGCGGCCUGAACAACAAGUGUUACGAUGACUGCAUGUGUGAGGAGGGUUUGCGUUGUUACGCCAAGUUCCACCGCAAGCGAAGAGUGACCCGACGGCGCGGCCGCUGUGUGGAGCCAGAAUCAGCCAACAGCAACCAAGGCUCCUUCAUCACCAUCUGAUGGGCAUACAAUAAAAGCACAUUCUCAUUCACACUCCAUGAACUGAGUCUAUGCUGAACAACAGCGGAUCCGUCAAAGCCACAGUAUGAAUGUACAUAUGCUGUAUGUCAACUGUUUGUAACAGUUAUCUGUACUGCACAGAUUCAUUUACACUUAAUUCUUGUCAGGAGGAAAUGCGUCUUUUUCUACUGAUCAAUGUAACACUAAUGUCAAGAACUUCUGCGACUCUUGAAUUGUUAUGAGGGCUGUCAAACUGUGUUAAAAAAUCUGAUCGACAUUGGAAAUUUUCAAAAAAGCAUUUUUUUUAUCUAAGCAACUGAAGCAACACCUUCAUGUUGUGCGAGUCCUCAUUCUCACAAAAUCACUUUCAUCCUCAAGGAUGUGGUUGUGUUCAGACACAGCCGGUGUAAAACGGGACAGUUUUAAAAUGACUUUCUGCUUGGCAUGGCAUGUUAAAAAAGGCACUUGUGACAAAAAAGUCUGUACAUGUGUUACAAAAUAACACAGAUUAACCUGAAUGCAUCAAGCAGCAAAAAAACAACUGAUCAAUGCUUUUUUCCUCUCAUUUCUUUGACAAAUAUUUUCCAUAGGAAAUAAUAAUACAUGCAUUUAAUUUCCAUUAAAAAUCAUCAUACAUUUUUAAUUGAUUGACAGCCCUAAUUCUAUAAUAGAUGUGUAUUAGUUUUUCUUGUGAUAUGUGCUUUAUUUAUUCUCCUACGGUCACACACUGCUGUGGAUGUUAUGUUGAAGUGUGCAGCUGGGUGUCCUCACGACAGAAUGAUGGAUUGAUGAAUGAGUGUUUGUGAUGGGCUGGAGGACCAGAGAUGGACAGCGGAGAGAUGGAUGAUCCUUGAGCUUCUUUAUUGUCUGACACUCCCGCGUGUCAAUGUCUUGAUACAACUGCUUAAUCGAGUUUUACGUUAGCAGGGCUAUAGAAACGCCCUUUAGUCUUUGCAAAGUCCUUCAAAGCUUCAUACUGUCACCUUGUUUUUCCACUGGAGACUUGUCGGGCUCCACAAAAUGUCAAUUAUUUUUAACUGAAAUACCAGAAAUAAACUUCUCUGUGGACACCGGGACACCAUUCUUUCACAGAUGUUGAAGAACAAUGGCUCUCUCUCUCUCUUUAUCUAUCUCU